AUGACAGAGAACAUAGAUGAUACCAUUCUCAACAUGGUGAAAAAUCUGAAGCCAACUACCACUGAUUUAAGAAAUACAAAAUGUGAAUUCACCCCUGUAAAGAGACCCUACAGUCCUACCUCAAAUGAAAGUAGUUAUGAAGAACCCACACCUAUCAAAAAGCUCAAACGAGAUCCCAAACUGGAUAUGUCCUAUGUUGGAUCACCAAUGGAAAUAAGGAGGAUAAGAGCUGAUUUAGUUGGAGCUCGAAACACAAUUCUCACAUUAGAGGGUAGAAUUAGUCACAUGCAUUCUGUUAGAAAGCAAAUGCAAAUGAUGUUUGAUGAAGAAAACCAUGUAUUGAAGAGACAAAGUGAACAUGAUAAAAAAUCUAUAUUGGAUUUGGAAGAUCGUCUACAAACUAUUAGAAAGAGGGAAAUUGAAGUAAAAAAAGAGCUAGCUGAGGUACAUAAUAAAUACCAGCAACUCAAAAUAAGAUCUAAUGAGGAGAUAGAAACUCUUGAGAAAAGUAUAGAAGAUAUGAAAGAAGAGACCAGGCAUAUGGAAUCUGAAGAAAAUGGGAUAGUUUCUGGACUGGAGCGUAGAAUUACCCAACUAGAAACAAUGUUGGAAGCAGCUGAAGAGGAUGCUGAGGCUCAAAAAAAGUUAGCAGAUGAAUUGAGAAAGAGACUAAGUGAGAAUACUUCUCUUCAAAAAGAUUUUGAUAUGAAAGAACAAGAACUCCAAAAAGCCAAUUUUUAUAUCAAAGAACUGGAAUAUGCUAAGGAAAAUAUCUUAGAAUUUCAUGAGCAAGCCAAAACACAGGCAUAUAAACUUGCUCACUAUAUUGAACUUGAGAAGGAAAAUGAGCUAUUCAAAGAAGAAAAUUCUAGACUGAAAGAUGAGAUACGUAAUAAGUUAAUUUUGGAAGAAGAAGUUCAUGAUUUAAAAAAUCGUUUGACCAAAUUCAAGGAAUAUGAAAAGAAACUUUCUGAGUUGCAAGUCCAAGAAACUCAAAAUGCAAUGUGUUUGAGUGAAUGGAGAGCAGUUGCUCGUGGUAUCUGUGAGUCUUCUGAUUCUGAUUCAGUACUUCAGCAUUUAUUGAGGUCAGCUGUUGAGAGACUGCAACAACAAGAGCUGACAUUGACAUCAGAAAAAGUGGAAAUGGAGUCACAAUUAAAAUCAAUCACUCAUGAAGAGAAAGUGGCAAAAUCUGAACUUGAAAAAUGCCAAAAACUCAUUUUGGAACUGAAACAAACUGGAGAACAAAAACAGAAUUUGAUACACAGGAUGCAAAAGAAGCUUCUCUUAGUAAGUAGAGAAAGAGACAGCUAUAGACUGCAGUUGGACUCCUAUGAAAGAGAUUUGACUAUGUCACUUGCCAAUACCACUACUGGGGGACAGAUUCAGUCUCAGAAAGACCGUAUUGAGAAUUUGGAAAGGAUUGUUGAUGGUUACAGAGACAUGGUCAGCAAAUUGGAGAAUGAUCUUCAGAAUGCACAGCCUAAUGCCCAUUCUGAUAUGGUUUCCAUAAGAUCCGAACAAAUAACCAGACUCCAAGAUGAAAUCCAACAGCUGAAAAACGAAAACGAAAUGCUCCGCGAGAGACGAGACGAACUGGAAAUUCAACUGGAAUCGUGUGCCAUCGGAGAUGACACCUUGCAAGGGGGCAAAGCAGUACACAUGCAGAACAAUCCCUUAUCAGACUAUCUGUCAAAGAGAGAACAGCACACUGAAAAACUCGAGCAAGAAGUGGAAAGAUUGAAGAGGAAGAUAAAGAACAUGGAGGAAGGUAUCGAGAGCAGCAAGCUGGGCGAUAUCACGAUGACCGCCAAAGAAGUGCAGACCUUGAAGGAGGAGAUCAAAUCGCACGAGACGCAGGCGCAAAUGCUCAAGGAGUUUUUCAAGUCGCAAAUGCAGGACUUCCGGAACGUCAUCUACAUGCUGCUGGGCUACAAAAUCGACAGGACGCAGAAUUCUUUGUACAAAUUGAGGAGCAUGUAUGCCGAACAGCCGGACGAUCAGCUGUGCUUCCAGGUGGACAAAGAUGGGGACUUGAAUUUGUUGGAGAACGAGUUCAGCGCCACUUUGGAGAGCAUGAUUAAUCUGCAUUUGAAGCAUCAGAAGUCCAUUCCCGUGUUUCUCAGCGCUAUUACUAUGGAUUUGUUCAAUAAUAAGACGAUGACUAAAACUUUUCAGUUAGAUUAG